CUGGUAUCUUGGAAGGAGCGUAAACUUGGAGCUCACUGUACUUCUGGGGGAUGAUCAAGAAGCAAUGCUUGGAGCAUGACAUGGAAGAGGAGGAGAAUCAAACUAUGGUGGCUGAAUUUAUCUUCACUGGCUUCUCCAAUCACCCGACCACAAGGAUGAUGUUGACUGGGUUCUUCCUUGUGGCCUACCUGGUAACCCUAGCUGGAAAUGGACUCAUCAUUCUCCUAACUGUGUAUGAUACACACCUUCACACCCCCAUGUACUUCUUCCUCAGCAAUUUGUCCUUCCUGGAUAUCUGCUACUCUACAACUACCAUCCCACAGGCAUUAGUAAGUUUUUCAGUUGACAGACCCACCAUUUCCUAUGCACGGUGUUCCUGCCAGUUAUUGACUUCACUUUACUUAGGAUGCACUGAGUGUCUCCUGCUAGCAGUCAUGGCAUACGACCGCUAUGUUGCUAUUGCCAGCCCACUGCAUUAUACACUUAUUAUGAGCAAGACAGAGCGUACCAACCUGGCAUUGG